CAAAGUCCUUCCGUUCCGUCCUCUCCGCACUUCGCCGCCGAGGGAAACAAGGCAAUGUUUUAUUUUUGUAAACAUUCAGUAAGUUACAAUCUCUCAAACGGGUUUCAACGAAGAUAAAAGUUUAAUCAACAUUUACUUUAUUUGGCCUCAAUAAUGGUGCUCGUAAAGUCCCUGGCUGGUGUCAGAGUUCUGCCAAAACCGGUCUUUGCAGAACAGUCAGACAACUACAUAUUGUCUCCGGAACAAAUCAAGUUUUACGAGGACAAUGGGUUUCUAGUUAUUAAGGAAUUGAUUGACUUCACAUCUCUGUACAGUUACAAACAGCGUUUCUUACAAAUAUGCAAAGGAAUAGUCCCAGCCGGCAAUGUAAGGGUUGUCAAAGAGCCGACCUUAGUCGCACAGAAUUUGAAACCUGAAGAGUACAUCAAUAAGAUCCAAGAGCUGCUCUACGACGACGUGUUCAUACAAUAUGGCGAGCACCCGCGGCUACUGUCGGUACUGUCGCAGUUCAUCGGAGACGACAUCACCGCCGUCAACAGCAUGUUUAUUAACAAACCACCUGGAUCCUCGAGACAUCCCCCACAUCAGGAUCUAUUCUACUUCCCAUUCCGUCCGGCUGAGAAGAUCAUCGGCGCGUGGACGGCCGUGGACCAUGUCAACGUAGAGAACGGAUGUCUGUACGCAGUGCCCGGGUCUCAUAAGGCUGAGAUACUAUACCAACAUGCUGGGAAGAAGGACGCCUUGAAAAUGUAUCACGGAGUAGACGAAGAAGCAAUCGCUCCGUUGGACCAGAGAGUGCAGCUGGAGAUGAGUCCGGGAGACACCGUGUUCCUGCAUCCUUACUUACUGCACGGGUCGGGGCCUAAUGUGUCUAAGAACUACCGCAAAGCGAUAACGUUUCACUUCGCGAACAGUACGUGCGAGUACAUCGACCUACACGGCACCGUGCAGGAACAUCUCGCCAAAGAAGUAGAGGCACAGGCUGCUAAGAUGGGACUCGGGGAACUUAGCUAUAUUGAUGUAUGGCGUUUCAAGAGCAAGCAGGUGAAAGGAGUUCGUUCUAACUUGUAGAACACAAACAACAAAAUAUCUAAAGACUAUCACACUUUAGUAGAUUUUCCACUUUAUUAUAACAAUGUAAUUGCAAAUUUGUAUGACUCAUCGUUAAUCGUAACUCGACUGGUUUCAAACCUCACCCGCGGCCUAUAGUCAUGACAUGAACAGCAUACUAAUACGGUAGUUGACAACUUGUCAAAUUCAUUACUUUUUUCGAACUGUCAAAAACGAUACUGUUCUAUGAAUUUUGUACGAAAUACCAUCUGAUGACGUCAUCACUAUUUUCGCUUCGCACUUAUAUAUAAAAAAAUGCUAGAAUAAAUCGAAAAUUGAGUAUAUCGGCAAUUCAAUAAAUGAAAGUGUAACUA